CGAAGAAGAAGUUCAUGGAGCACUUUCCAAUCGUGGAAAUGGCGCUACGCGUUGUGGAAGCCUGAAGUCAGAGGGAGCAUAUCGUGCUUGUCAGUCGAUUGAAGCGCCCAGAGGGCUCUACGCAUGAGAAGGAGCGGAUUAUGACAGAGGGGGAAAGUAAUCGGGAGAUUCGUCAAGAAAAACAAAACACUCGUGGCUCUGAUAAAGCCGUCGACAUCCUCAGACAGUGAACAAUGCAUGACCUGACUGCCCAAGUCACCAGCAGCCUGCUGCCGUUCCCAGAAGUUACUAAAGAUGCUCUCGGGGAGGAUGAGAUCACUCUCGACUCUGUGCUACAUGGGAAGUUCACUGUUGGCCGCAGCGGGCUGGCCUGGCUGGCCUGUGGCCCCCAUUUGGAGGUUGUCCAUGCAGUGACAGGAGAACGUCUGUCUGCGUACUGCUUCAGCGGUGGAGGCGAGCACCCACCCUGUGUCCACGUAGCCAAGGACUUCAGCUGGCUCAAAAGGUCUGGAUUACUCGUUGGCUUGGAGGAAGCAGAGGGCAGCGUGCUGUGUCUCUAUGACUUGGGACUGUCGAGGGUGGUUAAAGCUGUGGUUAUACCAGGCAGGAUCACAGCUAUUGAGCCGUUAGUGAGUUAUGGCGGAGCAAGCACUUCGACGCAGCAUCUUCACCAGAGUCUACGCUGGUUCUUUGGCAUUGCUGCUGUUGUAACGGAUCUCGGUCAUGUUCUGCUUGUGGACCUCUGUCUCGACGACUUGUCCUGCAGCCAAAGUGAACUGGAGUCUUCAGACCUGCAGGUAGUGACCAAAUCUCCUGCCGAGAUCCCUCGGCUGAGAGAAGUCAGCACCAGGCAGGGCAGACAUCUUUGUCUCCAGCUUCAUGGGCCCAGUGGAGUUGGAGCCACAGCUCUGCAGUAUAUCUCCAGGACCAACCAGCUGGCUGUGGGGUUUUCAGAUGGACACUUACAGCUGUGGAACAUGAAAACCCUAAAGAAGGAAUACCACUCCCAGUUAGAGGGUGGCAGGGUGCCUGUGCAUGCCUUCACCUUUCAGGAGCCAGAAAAUGACCCCAGGAACUGUUGCUACCUCUGGGCUGUCCAGUCUUCUCAGGACCUUGAGGGAGAUAUGGUCAGCCUCCGCCUGCUUCAGAUGGCCUUCAGUGAAAGGAAGUGUCUGACUUCUGGGAAGAUCCUCUAUGAGGGUCUGGAGUACUGCGAGGAGCGGUACAGUCAGGAGUUAAGUGGCACAGCUUUCCCUCUCAGGACCCAGGCUACCAACACCCGCCUGCUGAGCUGCCAGACCAUCGAGAAGUUCCGACCCCACCCUGACAGGGAUGACAGCAUGAAUGAAGUUGCAUCUCCGGACACCAGUGUGUCUAUCUUCAGCUGGCAAGUCAAGGUCUAUGGUCAGGGAACCCCAUCUACCUACAUAGGGGUUUUUGACAUCAACCGUUGGUACCACGCACAGAUGCCAGACUCUUUGAGAACUGGAGAGUCUCUGCAAAAUUGUCCCUACCUGGCAGUUUGGUCUCUGGACCCAGUGGUGCAGAUGGUGUCUCAACAUGUCCUCCUGGAUGUGGUGGUGCACGACCGCAGCCUGAGCAGGGGCCUGCCCUUCACCUGCCCCCCACCAGAACAGUACUUUAACCCCACCACAUAUAACUUUGAUGCUACGUGCCUGCUCAACUCUGGAAUUGUGCACUUCACCUGCUCUGGGUAUCAGAAAGAGACCCUGAGCUUUUUGAAGAAAGCUGCUCCCUGUUCCAGUGACAUCAUCUCCACUAGCUACUCUCGCUGCCUCAUGUCCGGCCUGCUCUCAUCUCGCCUGGCUGACACUCAGGCUUCCAGCCUCUCUCAGGAGGAGCAGCUGGAUGCCAUCCUGUCAACAGCGGUGGAGACCAGCUCCUUGGGACUGAUCACUGGCUGUAUCAAGCAGUGGACUGCAGAAGAACAACCGGGCUCUGCACUGAACCUGCGCUACAUUCUGGAUUGGGCCUGGAACAAAGUGGUUCACACCAAGGAGGAACUGGAUGGCAUCUGUGCACCGCUGUUUGACAGCUCAUCCAACUUCACAGACCCUCAGACCAUGCAGCUGCUCCAGCACAGCCAGAGACUGCUCAGUAACCUCAGCACCAUCUUCCACUGUCUGCUCAGUGAAGCCCAGGAGCUCACACAAAGAGGUCUGGCGGGUCUGAUGAACAAGAACUUGGUUUCUAGUCUGAUUUCCAAGUACGCUCAGGUGGUGCUCUGGUUCUGUCGUACCGGUCUGCUGCCUGAAGGAUCAGACGACGAUGCUCUCCAGAUCUCCAGGCCUUUCUACACUCACUCAGUCAUCAGCAACUAUUAUACAAUACGCAGAGAGGAGCUCACCAGGCUGGCUAAGGGCAAGUGGUGUGCAGACUGCCUGAUGAUCGAUGGUUUGGUUGGCCAGUGUGGCGAAAGCUUGACCAACCUGUGGAAGAGGGAUGAGGGUGGGACAGGGCAAUACCCACCACCUACAUUGCACGCCCUGUUGGACAUUUAUCUACUGGACAAUAUUGAUGAAGCUGCUAAAAAUGCACUCGUGAUUUACCUGCUGCUCGAUGUUAUGUACUCCUUCCCCAAUAAGGAGGGAAGUUCAGUGGAGUCUUUCCCCCCAGCUUUUGCAAUCCCUAUUGGACUUGUGAAACUAGUACAAGGCCUCUGGCUGCUGGACCAUCGUGACCACCAGAGUUCAUUCGAGUUGCUCCUGCAUCCAGCUGCCUCUCAGUGUCAGUUUGAGUGGCAGCAUGAGCGUGUCCUACAAGCACUGAUGUGCCAGGGCCAACACUCAGUCGCACUGCGAUACUUCCACGUUACGAAGCCCCCAAUUUCCUCCACCUCCCAGGCCAAACUCUGUUUGUCUGUACUGCUACACAACAGGUGUCUCAUAGAGGCGUGGUCCCUGCUACGGCAGCACUCAAAUCGCCUCAACAUGGGAGAGCUGCUGGGCUUCCUGUAUGAGAGCUGCCAGGAGCUGGGCCUCGUCAAGGAGCUGCUCAAACUGCCCCUGGGCCUCACUGAGCAGGAGAGUUUGGAGAAGUUUCUCCAGGGUACAGGCGGUCUCCAGAACAGAGAACUACUGAUGGUUCAUUACCUUCAGCAGGCCAACUACAUUCCUGCCCUGCAGCUCAACCACAGCCUCAAAAUGAACAUGGUGAAUGAGCGAGACCCAAAGCUUAAAGAACGGUCCAACACCAGGAACUUGAUAUUGGACCAGUAUGGCAAGGUAUUGCCCAGAGUCCAGAGGAAACUGGCCAUGGAGAGAGCAAAGCCCUACCAGCAUCCCUACGCCGUCCACAGAGAAGUUUCCCGGCCGCAGCCACUGUCGACCAUCACCAAACGCUCCGCCAGUGAGAAGGUGAUGUCGAGGGCCGGCUUCAUCAACAAUGUCCUGACCAAGAUUGAGGAGGUGUGGUUGGGCAAAGGAGCUACACCACAGUCCUCCCCAGCCAAGAGCCCCUGGGCAGCUGGUGUUCAGAGCCCCAAGACCUCCUCCAUGGCCCUCUCUGAGCCCUUCCUGGGAACUCCCAUCACCAUGACAGCCAAACGAAAGUCAAGGCUGAUGGACUUGGUGGUUCACCCCUCCUGUCAGACCCCUCGGCCUCCUCUCAGACCUCCUAACUUCUGGGUUUCUCCAAAGAGCAUCAGCAAGGCCCCUGAACUCAGUCUGCUGCAAACACCGCAGGUUGUCAAGCGAGCUCGGGCCUUGGCUGCUUCUGGCCCUGUGUUCUCAGCCUUCACUCCCCAGUCCAUCCUGCGCAGCAGCCUGAGGCCCACACCGGUCGCCACCCCGUCUGCUUCCCCAGGACGCUCCAUCACCCCCCCACUCCGCAGCAAAGAGAGCCGGAUCACCUUCAUCGAAGAGGAAGAAUCUCCUGAACCGGAGAAAGGCAUCCGAUGGACCAAUGGGAUGGCAGCAGACAGUGAGAUUAGCCUACUGACCAGAGGCCCCAUGCUGUCCAAGGUGACACAUAAGACCUGGUCCUCACAGCCUGCUGAGGAGGAAGAUAAUGGACAUGAGUUAGGGGAACAGCCUUGUGUGACGUUCUUGCCUCCAGAUGGUGGUAUUCCCUCCCCACAGCUGAGAUGCUUUGAGAGUGAAUCAUCCUCCAUCCAUGAAGCCUCUCCAGAAACUCAAGCACAACUUAUCCUGAGCUUUGACUCCAGCCAGAUAUCUGUUCGUUCAACAGACACCACUCUAGAGUAUUAUGAUGCACCUCUUCCUGAUAUGUCAGAGGACCAGGAAGUGAAACAGGGGCAUACAGCUACAGAGAAGGAAGAAGAGGUAGUGACGGUGAACAUCAAAGAGCUAGAGGAAAAGACCUCAACAACCACUGAAGAAACCCCUCUCCUGACAUCCGAGGACAUAGAGAGGGGAGAAGAGGAGGUGAAGGAAGAUGAAACAAUUGAGGGCAUGGUGGAGAUUGGUCUUGAAGAUGAGACGAAAAACAAAGAAAAUGUUCAGUCCAAAGAGCAGGACAAACAGGAUGUUGAGUCAGUUAGUGAGCAUGAAGAUGCUGCACCUCUUCACCAGGUGGAGAUUUCUAUUCACAAUCAAGUUUGUAACCAGGUAACUGAGAGCACGGGCUCUGGCCCUGAGGUUGAAUCUCCGGAUCUACCAGUGGGACACGACGUCCAGACAGAAGCCACUGAAUCCACAGAGUUCACCGAGUAUCUGAAACCGUCUGCAGCCACUGAACCCACAAAUGAUCCAGAAGAGGAACUGGAGCAAUCAACAGAUCUGACAGAGUUUGUGCAGAGACAUCUGUUUGGCAGCGAUCUUCCACUUACCCGCUCAGGAAUCCACAACACAUCACAGACCCAGACGUCCUUCAACAGUGAGUCACCAGGUGAGGUUGAAGUGGAGGUGCAGGCCGCUAUUGAAGCUCCGCCGGUGUUUACCAGCCAAAUUUCCACUGCCUCUGUGACAUCCUCCGAGCCAACUGGCACAGACUCCCACUCGGUUGUGAGUGUAAACGAUAGUGAAGAGCUUUCUAGUCCUGUGUCUGAGGAGGAGGAGGAAGUAGAUGAGUCUGAUCAAGCUGAGGAUGAGGAGGAGGAAGACUCUGGUAGUGAGGUGGAGAUCAUUGAGGAGGUUCAGGGUAAUGGGAGGCUUCCACCCCUCCAACCCAGUUCAGUCUUUGAACAGCAGGGACACACUCACUUCCUGCCAAGUCUGUCAGAGCAGGAGGCUGCGGAGUUCUCUCUGAUUACACCCGGUGCAGAGAUGAAGAUGGUAGAGGAGGACAUGGAGGGUGAGGUGGUGAUGGUGAGACUCGGGGCACAUGAAGAAGGGAUGGAGGCAGAUGAGGAUGAAGAGCAAGGAUCAUCAUACUUGGAGCUCAAACCCUCUACUACUCUACUGGUACCACUGGAGCUUGUGGAGGGGCAGGAUGGCCUUGUCGAUAGUUCUCAGCUGGGUCUCCCUGAGCUUCAGCAAACCAUUGUGCCGGAUGACCCGAGGUCUGAAACUCACAGCGGCUUUUCUCUGAUGCUGGAUAUGGACGAGGACAGGGAUGAAGAGGCCGACACACUGCCUAUGGAGAAUGAUCUACAGUCCUCCAACCCUCCUACCCUGUCUCCAGCAGUGGAGGCUAUUGACGAAUUUGAGGCCAACACUGAGGUUAUUGUUUUGGGAACAGAUGAUCAGGAUCCUCCUCUGUCUGGAGAAGUGUCCGAAGAGGACCAGAGUAAAGAGAUGGACACCUUAGAUGGAAUUGAGGUAGAUGGAACGACAGAGUCAGAACUUGCAAAACUAGCUGACAUUCAAACUGAAAACACUGGGGCAAACCAUGAGGCAGGAGAUGCUAAAGAACAGAGUGAUGCAGACCUUGUAAUGUUGGUUGAAGUCCAUGAACCUGCAGGUCUCUCAGUCUCUGGGCCAACUCCAGUGGGAGAAGUCCCUGCAGUAAUGUUGGCUGAAGAUCAUGAACUUGAAGGUCUGUCACUAUCUGGACCAAGUCCAGUAGGAGAUCUCCAAGCAGUGAUGUUGGAGGACGAUCAUGAACCUGAAGGUCUGUCACUAUCUGGACCAAGUCCAGUGGGAGAACUCCAAUCAGUGAUGUUGGCUGACGAUCAUGAACCUGAAGGUCUGUCACUGUCUGGACCAAGUCCAGUGGGAGAACUCCAAGCAGUGAUGUUGGCUGACGAUCAUGAACCUGAACGUUUUUCGGUGUCUGGACCAACUACAGAGGGAGAAGUCCCAGCAGUAAUGUUGGCUGGCGAUCAGGAACCUGAAGGUCUUUCACCAUCUAGACCAAAUCUAGAGGGAGAACUCCCAGCAGCAAUGUUGACUGGCGAUCAGAAACCUGAAGUUCUUUCACCAUCUGAACCAAAUCCAGAGGAAGAAGUCCCAGCAGUAAUGUUGGCUGACCAUCAUGAACCUGAAGGUCUUUCACCAUCUGAACCAAAUUCAGAGGAAGAACUCCCAGCAGUAAUGUUGGCUGACCAUCAUGAACCUGAAGGUCUUUCACCAUCUGAACCAAAUUCAGAGGAAGAACUCCAAGCAGUAAUGUUGGCUGGCGAUCAGGAACCUGAAGGUCUGUCACCAUCUGAACCAAAUUCAGAGGAAGAACUCCCAGCAGUAAUGUUGACUGGCGAUCAGGAACCUGAAGGUCUUUCACCAUCUGAACCAAAUCCAGAUCCAGAGGAAGAACUCCCAGCAGUAAUGUUGGCUGGCGAUCAGGAACAUGAAGUUCUUUCAGUCUCUGGACCAACUCCAGUGGGAGAACUCCCUGCAGUUAUGGAUGACAAAGAUGCUUCUGCAGAGAAAGAUGCUGCCGAGGAGGAGAAGACAGGAGAGGAGGAGGACAAACCAACACCUGUUGUGGACGAGGAAGAACCUGAAGAGAAUGGGAAUGAUAAUAUGGACGCAGAUAUAACCCCCAGCACAGAGACGGCAACUGUCGUGGAGGAGAAGCAGCAGGACCACAAAGCCUUAGCAGAGACAGAAGAUAAUAACGGGGAGGAAAUUAAGAUGGAGAUUGAAACAAGAGGAAGAACCAGGGGAAGACAGAGUAACGAUGUUAAAGAGGAGAAACCUGUGAAGCAGGUUAGUCAGACAGAGGUACAGCCCGUGCCAGAGACGCCCACGUCUCAGAGGAAAAAGAAAGCUCCUUUCACCCCAACACGAAGGAUCACGAGAGGGAGGACAGUUUCCUUCAUAUCUCCCCUCCCAGAGGAAGCGGAGGAGUCAGACGAGGAUGGCAAAGUGGAGGAGGUAGAAACAAGCACUCUGUUACCUGCCUCGCCUAGUCGUACACUCAGAAAACGUAAACCGAACAUAGAGACUAAAGUCCAAGCUAGCCCACCUCGAAGAAGUACUCGCAAAGCUCAGAUAGAGCCUCCUAAUAACAAGGUUGAAGAGGGGUACGCCACGGAUAAUGACACCACAGUUGCAUCAACCUCCAAGGCCUCUUCUCCUGCCAGACGGCGAGGUUCCCAGAGGGCCACUUCAACAAGGACCAGCCAAAGGACCCAGAGCGAAGAUGAUGAGGAAGAGGCUGAGGUCAAAGAUACAAAAGUCUCUCGACGAACAAGCUCCAAGACUCCCACACCGGCCAAACGCAGGACCACUCAGGGAAACACUCCGAGGAGGUCCAGCAGAAGAACGUUGAGUAGCAGUGAGGUGGUGACACCGUUUGAGAUCUUGGAAGAUGAAGAGGACCAGGUGGAGGUCUUUGCUUCCCCUGUCAAACGCAACUCCAGGAAAAGUCGGACAGAACCCUCAGAACUAUCCCUGCUAGAGGAGGAAGAGAGCAAAAAACCUUCCAGCCCCGGCAGGGCAACUCGACAGUCUAACCAGAUUACCCUAAAUGUCUAUCCACAAGUGAAACUGGUUCCUCUAUUACUUCCUCAGAGUGCAAGGAAGAUAAGAGGAGAGACUGUAACUGACAAUUUGAAAGGAAGUGGGGAACCAGAACUUAACAGCAACAACUCCCGUCGACCAACUAGAAGCAAACUCUGGGAUCACCCAGAGGAACACCUUCCCUUACUGGAUUCACCGUUGGAGAUGGAUUCUGAAACUCCUGUCGCAGACGCCCUCAUCAAGAGACUUCAGGAUGAGGACGAAAAAGAAGAAAGAGGAAUAGUCGUCACAAAGAUGGUAAGAACCAGCAAGAGGAGUACGAAGUCGUCAGUAGAGCAGGUUCACUCGCUACUUCCUUUGAAAGACAGCCUGGUCCCUGAACCCGAAGAGUCUAGUCCAGGCGAGCAUUCAUUCAGCUACUCCCCCUCACGAAGGAAAACAAGAGCUAAAAGAGCAGAGUCUCCUGGCCCGAGUGAAGAGUCUGCAGCACCUGUCACUCGCAGCAGGAGAAGAGUUGUCAAAGAUCCCUCUGUUGCUCCUCAUGAGGAAAUUGCUUCAGAAGAUCUUGUGGAAGUGGAGAAAGCAGCAGGUGUUUCUCAGACCAGAAAAGCAGUCAAAAGAACAGCAAAAUCCAAAGCAGUUUUGGAGCCGCCUCCCAUAGCGGUGAUGGACCUGAUCUCACCUCUGCCCAGCCCAGCCGAUCCGAUCCCGCGAGCACUGAAGAGGAUUAUAGAGGGAGGCGCCCCGACCUCGACCAUUAAUCUUCGACGCAAACGCAUAAUGGACACCGUUUUCACAAAACCUGUCACACGGAGGAAGAGACUUUAAGGAGGUUGGUGGUGGUUUUAACCAGUGAACCUCAGACAGCCACCGUACAAUUAGAACCAACCUCGGUCAGGAGCUUUCAAAUAAUAGUGUAUGCCUAAACUCAUGAUGGUUCUAUUUCCUCAAAUGCCUCACAGUGCUGUGGUUCUCUUUGUAUAUUUACUUUCCUGCAGGACAAUAAACAAAAGCAAUGUAGGCGUGAAAAUCUAUUUUUUAGGUCAAAACACACCCGUGGAUAGCAGUGUGAGCGAGGCAUAUAUUUUUGGAGUUUACACAUCCCGCUCGUACUAACUGGAUUUCACUUGAUAUAUCUGUUGCCAUUUAGUGUUGGACAUUUUGCAACGCUCCUCGUAAUCCACUUAAUUCUCUGGACACAGAACGGCACAAGGGAAAGCAAUCAACGUGGGCUUUUAGAAGCUUCUAUUAAUACAAACAAUGACUGAACUUAACCUGCUUCUAAUAAAGAGGUUUUAUUCACAUUCUCUUUUAUUUUUGUUUUAGGUUGUUGUUUUUGUCAUUGUUUACUUUUUAGAUUUUGAGGCCUGCUGGUUUUCAUUUAAGAAGAAAAGCAACCAACCGAGUGGAAAUGACAAAAUUUUUACCGAUACAUUUGUAUAUAAUCUUUUGCUAUGUUCCAAAUAAAGUUAAUAAAUACAUCCUUAAGAAUUAUGCUCUUUUUGAAAUUUUAACUGUCUUGAAUGUGUUUGAUCAUCUGUUUAGAUUGCCUGUGCCAUAGUCUUAAAUUUCAGUCGAUUUGUGUGAUUUUCUGAGAGAGGCAGAUGCAGACUUGUACACUAAUCAGAUUUGGACUGUUUCUGUAUGUUAUGGGGAUGUUGUAUAGUGUGAAAGAAAGAAAAAAAGACUUGCACAGCGGUUUGGCAUUGUUAAAAUUGUUUUGGGACAUGUUAAUAGGCUUGUUUUAAUUAAAUGUCAACCACCAUCUGACACAUAGGCUAUUUUCUGAUGAAUGAAUGUAGAAUGUCUUAUUUUUGAUGACUGCUCUUUGAUAAAUAUGGUAAAGCUUGAAUACUUCUCGUGUUGAGUGGUUCAAUUCAAUUUACCGUCUUCAUUGCUUGUGUUUGUUAGUUUGGUGGGGCGAUGGAUGGAGUGAAUAGAGCACAAAGCCUUUUUCUUUCUGUCUGAGCUGUGCAGCGAACCACUGAAAGGAGACACAAGCGACUAAUCAUCCUUCACAAUAGCUGAGACCUUAUCCUGCUGGUGCCUCAGAUAAUAGAUGUCCAUCAAACUCCAUUUUGGAUGUCAAGUUAUGGGUAAUAUCAGAAAUGUAGCUGUCACUGAAAUGUUGACAUACUGUACAUGUAGCUGUAAACGUGUGUAACCUCCCUGGAUGAAAUUGAGCCAUCUCCCUUCUAUAAUUUAUCGUGGUAGAGAAGGUGAAAGUGAAACCACCCUUAUCUCCGCAACUCCACUUCACUUACAAAACACCAGGGUUGGGAGUAAUAACAAAUUAAGAAUGUCUUGUCCCAUAUUAAAUACUGAUCUUUAUUUUUUUUAUUAAAAAACUAAUUACUAGUCAUGCUGCUAGUUAAUAUUUUAUUGUAGCUUGUAGCCGUGUCUACUACGCCUCUGUUUUAGUUUAGACAAGUGUUCAGGAUCACAUCCACCUUUCAGCAAGUAAACUACAUUUUCCAUGUUUUCAGUAAAACUUCGAGGC